AUGUUCUCCCGUCAAGCAACGAAGCCUCAAACUCCUUCAAAUGCUCCCCCAUUACGAUUUCCUCAGAAAUUGUGGAAGAUUGCCAAUGAAUGUCAAAGUGGAGCUGUCAGCUGGAGUCCUCAUGGAAAAUCGAUAUUACUUCGAUAUUCGCUAUUCAAAGAAGAAUUUAUGAGCACAAAAAAUGAUUUCUUCAAAACUGAUAACAUUUCCAGUUUCGUGAGGCAGCUAAAUUUGUAUGGAUUCCGAAAAGUUUAUGACCAUACUCAUAAGCAAUCUUAUAAAGCCAAUCCAGAUUUGCAUGAAUUCUCCAAUACAUAUUUUCAAAGAGACAGAUGUGAUUUAUUGGACAAAGUUACCAGAAAAUCAGGAGUUUUAAAGGAUAGGAAUGAUUUUUUAUCUGAAAUCCAUCGUACUUUGGAACUUGUUAAUGAGAGCGGCUGCGAAAACAAAUCUGAAGAAGAAAUUAACAUCGUUGAUGAAAAUUUAACAGAUCGACCGCCUGAAAAAGAGGAAAACUGCCAAGCAUUAUCUUUUCAUGAACCUCCAGAAGAGCAAGAUAUAAAAAUCGGUGAAACUCAGCAAGUAGCUGAUGUCCCUUUGACUGAACGGUCUCCUCAACCAGUACAGGUUAUGCCACCAGAUGCUGCAACAGAAUCAGAACCGGUGAAAAAAAAGCGUGGCAGGAAACCGGGAAGCAAACGAGAUCCAAACAAACCGAAACCAUUCCGCUUUUCAAAAUUAAGGUUGAAACAACGCAGAGAAUGUAUUCCAACUCUGAAACGACCGGAUCUUUUUCCCAAUCUAAUUUAUUACAAUGACGAAGACAAGUCCUGUUUUCUGCGCAACACCAGCCCUGAUGUUAUGCUAUCUAGUACCUUGCCUUUCCAGGAAUCACCUGAGUAUCUUGAGUUGAAGGAUACCUACCACCGACUUUACGAGUCUGAAAAUCACCAAAGAUAUCCUUUAAGGCCUUUCAGUAUCUUAAACCUCGGUAAAAAAAAUUUCGAUAAGAAACAAAGAGAUCAUACUAUGCGAAUUUAA